CAGCCGCAGCAACCUAAAACUAAAACCCCUAAACUCUAAAGCCCUAACUAACAAGUGCUUCACUUCUCAGCAGCCUAGAGCUUCAACACCAUCUCUUACCAUCAAUCAUGGAGAUGGAAGGUCUAGAACUCCAAGAAUUCGACAAUUUCGAAGAAGAAACCGACGAUUUCUGCGCAAUAAUUCUCUCCAAAUUCAGCAACUCCAACAAUGAACAACACCUCCAUCUUUGCUCUGUUAUCGGCGCCAUGUCACAGGAGCUUAAAGACCUUAAAGUGCCUCUCUCUCCUGUCGCUUACUUCGGCGCUAUUGUUGCGUCAAUUGACCGCCUUUCUCUCUCCUCUGACUCUUCCUCUUCUUCUCCUAACCGCCCUGUUGACGCGCUUGUUACUUUGCUGUCGUUGAUUAUGCCGAGGAUUUCAGUGGGGAUUUUAAGGAAGAAGAAGGUGUUGUUGUUAGAGUUGUUGGUUAGGGUUUUACGUGGUGGUAAUAAUUUGUCGUCUGAUUGUAUUGCGGCAGGGUUGAAUUGUGUUUCGAGUUUGUUGGUGAUUAGGGAUUCUUUGAGUUGGUCUGAUGUUAGUCAGUUUUACGGGUUUUUACUCGGUUUCGUUACUCAAUCGGAUGCAAAGGUGAGGAGGCAAUCACAUAUCUGUGUUCGAGAUGUCUUACAAAGCUUUCAGGGAUCAUCACUAUUGGCACCUGCAAGUGAAGGAUUUACAAACGUGUUUGAAAAAUUGUUGCUACUUGCCGGAGCAUCGAAAGGCGCCCCUGCUGAGAAAGGAGCUCAGGAGAUUCUGCAUGUCCUUGAAGCCCUUAAAGAUUGCCUGCCUUAUAUUUCCAUGAAAUACAAAACUUGCAUUUUGAAGUACUACAAAACCCUACUGGGGGUGCGUAAACCCCUUGUCACAAGACGGAUAACGGAUAGUUUGAGUGUCCUUUGCCUUCAUCCUAGUGUGGAAGUUAAACCUGAAGAGCUGGCAGAUCUUUUAAGCUCUCUGGCUGUUUCAGUUCCAGUGGACGAGACGUCAGCUGAUGGCAUGACUUUCACUGCUCGUUUGUUGGAUGUCGGAAUGAGGAAAGUCUACAAUCUCAACAGGCAGAUCUGUGUUGACAAGCUUCCCCUCGUUCUGAAUGCCUUGCAAGAUGUGUUUGAAUCUGGGUUUGAAGAAGCUAAAUUUGCUGCGACUGAGGCAAUGAAGAAUCUGAUACAAGCUUGUGUUGAUGAAGACCUAAUAAAACAAGGCGUUGAACGGGUAACACUUAUUUCAGACUUCAGCAACAGGAAGUCCACACCAUCUAGUAUUGAGAAAAUUUGUGCUACUAUUGGAAGUUUGCUUGACAACAGAUAUCGGAGAGAGUGGGACAUGUCAUUUCAGAUCGUCUCUUUGAUGUUUGACAAACUAGGUAAAUUCUCUUCUGACCUCCUAAGGAGCACCCUGGAGAGCUUGGCAAGCAUAGAGAAGGAAAGCGAUGAUGAUUUCCCAGAGAGGAAACAGCUGCAAGAUUGCAUUGGAUCAGCUCUUGGGGCGAUGGGACCUGAAGCUUUUUUAAGCAUACUCCCACUGAAACUGGAAGCUGAUAAUCUAUCUGAGAUAAAUGGUUGGCUUUUUCCAAUUCUUAAACAGUAUACUGUUGGUGCGCGCUUGAGGUUCUAUGUUGAGUCGUUGCUCGGUACAAUCGGUAAUCUUAAGCAGAAAUCUCACAAGCUUAAGCUUGAGGGGAAAGUCCAGUCAUCAAGAUAUGCAGACAGGAUGGUAUCACAAGUGUGGUCCUUAUUGCCUUCAUUUUGCAAUUACCCGUUGGACACUGCUGAAAGCUUCAAAUUUCUCGAGAAUGUAUUGCGCAAUGCUCUGAGUGAAGAAUCUGAUCUCCAUGGAAUCAUUUGCUCCAGUUUGCUAAUCCUCAUUCAACAGAACAAGUGUAUUUUAGAAGGACACAAUUAUAUUCCCAGUGAUAAACUGAAUGCUUCCACUGAGAGAGCUAUUGGUUGUUACAAUCAAGAGGUGGCUGCUGCUAAUUUGGGAGUUUUGAGGUCUUAUGCUAGUAGCUUCUUGUCAGUUUUAUCCAAAGUUUUCCUGAAUUCCACAAACGAUCCUGGUGGAAGUUUGCAGGCUACAAUUGGUGAAUUUGCUUCAAUUGCAAGCAAGGAUGUUGUAUCAAGUAUUUUCAAGACCAAAAUGAAGCGACUUUUGAAGGUCACUAUUAAUGCUAAUCAAGUAGAGAACACUAGAGAUUCAAUGCAGAUUGACAGUUCCUCCACGGAGAACUCACUUUCUCGUGAGAGAGCACAUCUUUUUGAUUUGGCUGUUUCACUUUUGCCUGGUUUGGGGACUCAGGAGAUCGAUGUCUUAUUUACUGCAAUAAUUCCAGCAUUGAAGGAUGUAGAUGGCCUGAUCCAAAAGAAGGCGUACAAAGUUCUUUCAAUAAUUCUAAAGAAUUCGGAUGGGUUUAUUUCGAGAAAGCUUGAAGUGGUUCUGAAGCUGAUGAUUGAAGUGCUGCCUUCAUGCCAUUUCUCGGCCAAACGUCAUAGGCUUGACUGUUUGUAUUUCCUGAUUGUCCAUGUGGCCAAGGAUGAAGCAGAUUUUAAAACGGGUGAAAUCAUCAGUUCAUUCUUAACUGAAGUUGUACUUGCUCUGAAAGAGGCGAAUAAGAAAACCAGAAAUAGGGCUUAUGAUAUCCUCGUCCAAAUUGGUCAUGCUUGUGGAGAUGAAGAGAGGGGUGGGAAAACGGAGACCUUGCUUCAAUUCUUCAAUUUGGUAGCGGGAGGUCUUGCUGGUGAGACUCCACAUAUGAUUAGUGCUGCUGUGAAAGGCUUGGCUCGUUUGGCUUAUGAAUUCUCUGAUCUUCUUUCAAGUGCAUACAGUGUGCUGCCCUCCUCAAUUCUUCUUCUUCAGAGGAAGAACAGAGAGAUCAUUAAAGCUAAUUUGGGUCUACUUAAGGUGUUGGUUGCAAAAUCACAAUCUGAGAACCUGCAUAGUCACCUGAAGCUCAUGGUUGAAGGCGUUUUGAAGUGGCAGGAUGAUUCGAAGAAUCAUUUUAAAGCUAAGGUUAAGCACUUGCUGGAGAUGCUUGUCAAGAAAUGUGGGAUGGAUGCUGUUAAGGCUGUAAUGCCUGAAGAACACAUGAAACUUCUUACUAAUAUCCGAAAGAUGAAGGAGCGGACAGAGAGGAAGUUGGCAGCCAAUUCUGAGACAAGAUCCUACCAUUCAAAAGCAACUACAUCCAGGCAAAGUGAGUGGGCUCACACUAAGAUAUUCUCAGACUUCGAUGAAGAAACAAGUGACGGAGAUGAUAUGGAUGCAGAGACAUCUGUUGGUCGACGAAGCAUAGCAUCUUCUAAGUUAACAUCAAAAGCGCUAUCAUUAAGGUCAAGGAAAAGAACGAAAUCUGCAAGAGCCUUAUUGGAGGACUCGCUUAGCCAAUUAGAAGGUGAACCACUUGAUCUUCUAGACCAGCGAAAAACCAGGCUAGCUCUUCGCUCAGGAGGGAAUCUGAAAAGGAAGCUUGAUUCAGAAGAUGAGCCAGAGUUUGAUGAAGAGGGGCGACUUAUAAUUCGUGAUGGAGAAGUACCAAAGAGAGAGAAAUCUUAUGAUCAUGAAUUCAAUGAAGAUAAGACUGAAGUCCGUAGUUAUGUUUCUACAGAUUCGAAGAGAACCCAGAAACGUAGAAAAACAUCAGUGUCAGGAUGGGCUUAUACUGGAAAGGAAUAUGCUAGUAAGAAGGCUCGUGGGGAUGUGAAAAAGAAGGGAAAACUAGAGCCAUAUGCGUACUGGCCACUAGACCGUAAGAUGCUGAGCCGUAGACCCGAGCAUCGGGCUGCUGCAAGAAGGGGUAUGGCUAGUGUUGCUAAGUUGGCAAAGAACCUCGAAGGGAGGAGUGUUGCAAGUGCACUUUCUGUGAAGAGCAAGGUAAAAAAGGCCCAUAAGAAGAAAUGAAGGAUUUCCAGAGAAUUCCUACCGUUAUAAGUUUAUGCUUCCAUUCCAAGAAUUUCGAUUCAUUUCUUUUUCUCACAGAAGUAGGAAGAUGCCAAAGUUACUCAUCUUGUACACAAAUGUAAUGAAUCUGCAGUAGACUGCAGUCCAAUUUUGAUGUCUUGUAUAUUUAUGAUCUGUUAUGGAAAAUUACAUUCAUAUA